UCAAUCAACAGAGACCGUCGAUAGCAUCCGCAUCUAAAGGCUCAACUUCAAACAAGAAAAAAAACAAUUAAUCCUGGAAGGUUUCCCUGAACCAAUAAGAAUUAAUUAUCCAAAUAUUAACCCACUCACACUUCACUAUUUAAACCAUGCCAUUCCCUUCAUCUUUUAUUUUCAAUUCGCAUUCUUGAAGUGUUUCGCAAGCAUCAAAUUAUUUUCAAUUCCUAACCCUUGAGUUUGCAUGGCCACAAAAGAACCCAUAGUGGAAACCGUUCCAAAACUAACCAUACCCGAACCUCUAGCCUCGGAGAAACACAAACCAAAGGCUCAAGCAGAGAAGACCAAGAAAGCUUCCAAACCUCGAAGCCCUUCUUCUCAUCCUUCCUACUCGGAGAUGAUCAAAGAUGCAAUAGUGUCACUGAAGGAGAAGAACGGUUCUAGCCAAUAUGCGAUUGCGAAAUUCAUCGAAGAGAAACAGAAACAGCUUCCUGCUAACUUCAAGAAGCUAUUGCUCCAAAACUUGAAGAAGAACGUUGCUUCUGGAAAGCUUGCUAAGGUUAAAGGUUCAUUCAAGCUUUCUCUCCCAACGCCCAAACCUAAGACCAAGCCAGUUGCAAAGGUGAAAACGUUGAAGGUUAAGCCAGGUGCAAUACCAAAAGCUAAAGCUGCUGCCAAGGAAAAGAUUGCUUCAAAGGCCAAAGCUGUAACCGCCAACCCCAAAGUUGCGGCUUCCAAGAGCAAAGCUUCUGUGAAACCUAAGCCGAUUGAGAGGCUUGCAAAGGUUGCAAAAAAGACUCCGGGGAAGAAAGUAACUGUUGUGAAGAAAUUUGCGGCAGUGAAGAGCGUGAAGGCUAAGAGCAUUAAGUCUCCGGUAAAACAGGUUUUGACGAAGAGAGGGGGAAGGAAAUGAUCGCCGGAAUCUUUCUAGUGUCUUGCAAUAUUUUGUUUUCUUUCAUUACUAUAGUUAUAUGUAAUAGUAGUAUAUGAAUAUAGAAAUAUUUUCUGCUGUUAGUUUUCUUUCUGGCUAUCCUAGAUUUGUAAGAAUAGUCUACAAAAUGAAAUAGAGAGAAUUGCACUUUUCUUAUAAUGUCA